UCAUGUUUUAAAACUAUAAUCAAGUGAAAAGGAGCCCUGGGGAAUAGGUUGACUAGAAUCACUAUUUGCAUCAGGAAGACUGGCAACGUAUUUUUACCAAAUUUUUAAUACGGCUUUGAAUGGCUUAUUGGCACACGUUCAUUGGUUCAAAUUAAAGUGCCAAUACUGGUAUUGGUAGAUAUCUGAUUUACCUUCCAGUUGAGUUUUCACUAUAUCUGUCAGAUGUGCGACGAAAGCAUCAACUGAUAUAAAUAAAUUUUCAAAUUCAAACUUUUUAGACUUGCGUUAAAAUGUUUCUGUUAAAUAUCUGCAAGGUAAAUUUACAUCAAACCAUCAUCCAAGUCUCUUUAUGUGUUUUAAUAAUAAAACAAAGUGGGUUGUUUAAAUCAUGAAUAGUUUACUCAGUUUUCCCCUUGAAAAUGGUUAUUCGAGGAAGCAUUUUUCUAUUCGCUGUGCCUGAUAAAUCAUUGAAUGUGUUUGUUUUUCUUACUCCCUGAGGAAUGACCCACACACUUUUUCUCGCCUGAUUUUCGUAAUACACAUGGAUCAUGUCAAAAAGCCCUGGUGUUUCAUCCGUGUUCCAGAUUGAGGAAAGUGGAUACCUUACAUUUCUCAUAAGGCUGCCAUUGAAAAUAUGGCAUUUGUAACAUUUGUUUUUUGUAUAUAUAUUGAGUGAUUAACCUUGUCAAGUUAGGAUAUCAGUCUAAUUAUACCAGUGUCAGAGUGUAAAAUUUCGCCAGCAUCUAAAAAGUAAAAAAAAAAAAAUUGCACAUCCAGCCUCAGCCGAAAUUUAAACAAUUCUUUUGAAUAAUUAAUAGCCAUAUUCUUAUGUGCCCGGUUUUAUAGCCGUGCUACGGCACACGAAAUGCGAUACAUCAAAGAUCGGCGAACCCAUGAUAAACAUGCAUCAAAAAAAACAUGAAACAGGAAGAAAAAAAGACCAGUUUUGUUACUUAUGCAUAUUUUGCCACUGAGGUGGAGAGCUAUAUUUAAUUAAGAGUGAAGGAAGAGUGUAACUAUUUCAUUCUGAGCGUGGGUGAGAAUGUAUGGAUAAUGUUGAGUAAGCAAACAACUUAAAAGUUUGUUCAAGAAAUAUUUUUGAUUUUGUUAGAACCUUAUUAAUUAGUUAAGGAGAUGGAGGAAAGAAAAAAGAUUGACAUUGUAAUAAUUGGAGCUGGCAUAUCAGGUUUGACAUGCGCGAGAGAAUUAUCAAAACAUUCGAAUGAAAUUAAUUUAACAAUAUUAGAAGCAACCGACCGUAUCGGUGGAAGAGUAAAAUCCGUCAUAUCAAAUGACGGGACCAUUUUGGAGCUAGGCGCGCAGUUUAUACACGGAACAAAGGGAAAUCCUAUAUAUGAAUUUUCAGUGGAGAAGAAUAUAUUAAAAGAAAACGACGAAGAAUGGAAGCCUUAUAAAAUGUUGGAUUGUUUUCACAAGGAUGUCCUAAACUCGUGCUCACUCGAAGAUCGUUUGCAAGCUGUAAACAUUUCUAACGAUCUAACAGAAGAGGUUAUGGAAAAGCAACGCAAAUUUGGAAAGAAAGAAUUUAAAGUCCAUAAAACAGUUGGUGCCUGGGUGGAUAAGAAUUAUAAUGCCAAAUUAGAAGAAUGUAGAGAAAAUGCAGGACUUUGCGUUGCUCUAAAGAGCGCGUUUAUGUUUAAAAAUAUGAAUGAGUGUUACUAUAAUGGUUGCGUGUCCUUACAUGAUCUUGACCAAGAAGGCCACGAAUGUUACCUCGAUAUGGAGGGAGAUUUUCUAACCGACAUGGGAAAGGUUGGAUACAAUAAGGUUGUAAACGCGAUUGCUGAAGAUAUUUUAGUGGACUGUGUUAAACUUGAACAAGAAGUAACACAGAUAGAGUAUAUUUUAAAAGAUGAUCAACCGAAGAUGAAGUUGAUGACGCGCGGUAGUGACAUUUAUUAUGUUGAUGUUGUUAUCUGCACCGUCUCCGUGGAAGUAUUGAAAUAUAUGAUAAACGUGAACGCUUUUGCUCCACCGCUACCUCAAGAGAAAGUAACUUCUGUCAACAGGUUGUGUUUGGGCCAAGUGACGAAAUUAUUCUUUAAAUUCUCCAAACCUCUUGGUGGAGAAUACGAUUACAUCAGGUUCUUUCCUUCGACUGGAGACUACGGAAAAAAGGUGUACAAUAAAAUAAGUCAAUUACUCUCAUUUGACCGCGUUAACAACACAGACUGGUGGCUAAUAUGGAUGGUUGGUGAACUGAUAGAAGAUUGCCAAAAUAACGGCCCUGUUCUUUUUUUGAAAGAGCUAAUUAAUACUAUUAAAAAAGAGUAUCCCGAAUUCCCCGAUGUCCAGAUCGAUUGUGACAGCAUUAUUGUGUCUGACUGGACAACUAACCCGUUUUAUCGUGGCUCUUAUUCCUAUUUAAAGCCGGAUUCAUGCAUCGAUGACGUAACACGGCUGAGAGAUCCAGUGUUCUAUGGUGGAGGAGAAUCAGUCGGUAUUUUAUUUGGUGGCGAGAUGACAGAUCCUCAAUUUUAUUCCACAACGCAUGCUGCUUACGUCAGCGGUUUAAGAGAAGCCGAACGUGUUGCGUCAAUGUUUUUGAAUAGGACACAUAGCGAGGAAUAAAAAAAAAUACAACCAUAUCAUUUUUAUAUUCUGUUGGUAACAUGUUACCUCUCUAUAAUGACAGCUGUCGUCUGGUUGUUCAAAAUGGCUCCGCGACUCUGUGUAAUUCAUUACGCUGCCGGGUGAACCAGGGUUUUUUUCCCGGGAUUAAGGACGAGUACGCUGACAAUACAUAAAAUCACUUCACGUAUCAGUUUUUAUUAUAUACUAGUCAGUAGCCUUUGGAAAUAUCCACAGGUUCGUAAACGGGUGUUAUAAUAUAGACGAGUCGGUGGCCCAUGGAUAAAUCCACGUGUUCUGAAUGAAAUGAAGUUAUUUGUUCUGAGAUUACAGUGAGAAAUAAAAAAUGGGCCAUUUUUAGUGUAUAUAGACUACCAGAAUCUUCUAACUUAAGUAACUUUGAGAUAGAACGCUCACUUGAUUUGGCUUUCAAAACUUAUGAUAAUGUUGUAGUCAUGGGCGAUAUAAAUAUUGAUUGUGAUGACUCAAGUUCGACAGGUUUUGACAGUUUUACAACUUUUUGCGAAACCUACAAUUUAUUAAAACAAAAAACAUGUUUCACAAAUACUCGUGCAUCACGAAUAGAUGUGUUUUUAACAAAUAAACAUGCAUGUUUCCAUAAUUCUAAAUCUUUUGAAACUGGACUUAGUGACCACCACCAUAUGAUUUCUACUUUUAUGAAGACUUUUUUAGUACGUUUAAAAUCGAAAGAGAUAUCGUAUAGGUGUUUAAAAAAUUUGAUGAGCAAGUUUUUCUUGAAGAAGUGAGGAACACAGAUUUUUGUUGUGAUAACAUAGAUCCAAAUGGAAGUUAUGAGAACCUUGUACUGAAAUUUCGAAAUAUAAAUGAUAAACAUGCACCUAUAAAAAUUAAAUUAGUUCGGGGUAACGAAGCCCCGUUUAUGAAUAAAAAAUUACGAAAAGCAAUUUACACAAGAUCUCGUCUUAAAAAAUUUUUUUAACAAAAAUCGAACAUAUGAAAAUAGGGCAAAAUAUAAAAAACAAAGAAAUAAGUGAAAAGAGCAUUUUAAUAGUGUUAUGGAGGGUGCCAUUAUUCAAAAUAAGAAAUUUUGGAGCACUGUUAAACCUUUCUUUACUAACAAAUCAGGUAAGAGCUCUAAUGAAAUUAUGAUUGUUCACGAUGAUAUUAUAGUAACAGAUGAAAAUGUCUGUCUGUCUGUCUGUCUGUCUGUCUGUCUGUCUGUCUGUCUGUCUGUCUGUCUGUCUGUCUGUCUGUCUGUCUGUCUGUCUGUCUGUCUGUCUGUCUGUCUGUCUGUCUGUCUGUCUGUCUGUCUGUCUGUCUGUCCGUCCGUCCGUCCGUCCGUCCGUCCGUCCGUCCGUCCGUCCGUCCGUCCGUCCGUCCGUCCGUCCGUCCGUCCGUCUGUCUGUCUGUCUGUCUGUCUGUCUGUCUGUCUGUCUGUCCGGCCGUCCGGCCGGCCGGCCGGCAAACCCGUGUAUUUUCCACGGGCUAACGACUAGUAUCUAAAUAUUUAGCAUGGGUAUAUUUUUUCGAUUAGUUUUUUACAAAAUUAUUUCGUGAAUUUUGAGUUAAUGCUAUUAUUUGACGACAUAAUUUUUUUACGAAUCAUAGGUAUUUUUUGUGAUAAAGCCGUUGCCAAUCUGAAUGGUUUGAGCAAAAACUAUUUUUAUGAAAAAUUCUCGAAUAAGACCUUUUUUCAAUUUUUUUUUUAAACGGGGAUUUAACAUGACAAGUUUUUAGUCUGUAAGGGGUAACUAAAUUUUGAAUCAUAUUUUGCAUUAUUCUUUUAUUAUUAAUAUUAUUAAUAUUACUUUGUGCUAUAUAUACAUAAAUUAAAUGCUCUUUGAUAAAGGAGUUCUUCUUUUUGCUGCAUUUACUCUAUUGUUCCCGUAUCUUUGAUUUUGAGCAACCCCCUAGCAAAUCCGGUGUAACCGUAAAAACAUACUCCCCUGAAAAUUUACUCCCCAGUAAUAAUUUACUAGAAAAUAAGUACUCCCCUUACUUCCCGGGAUAUUGUUACUCCCUUGAGUAUUUAUUUAACAGAAAAUUAUUACUCCCCGCAGGAAAUUUUUACUCCCCUAUCUUAAUAAAUAAAAAAUGACCUUUAUUUUGCUGAUAAAAAGAAUUUAUUAAGAGAGCUUACAGUGGACUACCGAAAGAGUUAAAAAUCCAGUGGAGUGGUUCUGGCUUCUCUUUUUCAGUGGAACUAUUAAAAUCUAUUUGAGAGUUGUUUAAAGAAAUGUCAAUACAAAAAGCUUUCAGCAUCAAAUGAUUUUAAUUGUUUCUUAUAAAUGGUUGGUAUAUCAUAGAGAUAUCUCUAUGUAUAUAUGCAGCUAAACUUGACUUUAGGAUAAUCAUUUGAUAAUCAUUUCAAGAUAACCACAACCUUACAAAAAAAACUGUAGUAAAAUGAAUGGGAAAUAAAUUUAACAAAUACAAAAAAGUACAAUUGGUUUUGAGUUUAGAAACAAAAUGAUUAUAGCUAAAAAAUAGCGAGAGAAAAAUCUUUUCGGAACUUGAAAUCUUGCUUGAGCUUAAAAUUUAUAAAUGAAAUAAAAAAUAGAUUACAAGUGCUUUAAAAAUAGAGUAACAAACUUUUGACCUUAAGCUUAAGAACUUAUCGGAUAAAGUAAAUAAUAGUAUUUUGUUGUAGAUAAAAAAUACCUUCGAGUUUAAAGGGGUUAGUUUUUACUGGGAAAAAAGUAAUCCUCCAUUCAUAGAGUGAUUCAAGGGAGUACUAAUUUCCGUGUGGGGCUAAUUAUUUC